AUGGAAGACUCCAACCCCAAUUCGGAUGUCUCGUACCCAGUAGCACUACCCUCAGGACCCAGCGCGCAGGCGGAUGCGGCAAUAGUUGACGACGCUCCAUCCAGCACUCCCACUCCAGUGGACGACGAGGCAGAGACCCCAAGGAGUCGCGAGCCCGGCAGCAUAUCCUCCAUGGGUUUCAACACCAAUAACCUGGGCCAGCAUUCGUCCACCCAGCUCGAGUUCCAGGAUGUACCAACCGCUUCACCUCCAUAUGCCGCUCCUUCAAUACCUGCAAAUAAAGAAAAAACAUUAUUUGAGGAUACUCGCGGACCUCUAUCAAUAGCACUGGCAAACAGCACCCUUGCUACAAACGAACAGUUGAUAUUUGAGAUCGACGAACGGUGGAAGAAGGACCAAAAAAUACGCCAGGAAGAGAGAGACCAGGACCGAGCAGAACAGAGGGAGAAAGAGCGCAAGCAACAGGAAGAAAGAGACAAGGACCGAGCAGAACAGAGGGAGAAAGAGCGCAAGCAACAGGAAGAGAGAGACAAGGACAGAGAAGAAAGAAACAGGGAUCGAGAAGAACAGAGGGAGAAAGAGCGCAAGCAACAGGAAGAAAGAGACAGGGACCGAGAAGAACAGAAGGAGAGGGAGCGCAAGCAACAGGAAGAGAGAGACAAGGAUAGAGAAGAGCGGAGAGAGGAGUACAGACAAUUCUUUGCUUACAUGGAUAGCAAAACUACGGCCAUCCUAGGACAGGUCGACCAGAGGAUUGCUGAACAAGCCCAGGAAAUUAAAGAUAAAAUCACCGAUGAUCUCAACAUCCGAAUGGAUGAGAUGUCCCUAAAUAUGGAGAGCAAACUUGCCGACUUGAACACAAACUUGCGAGUCGACAUAACCAACGAAACCCAAAAGCUAGAAAAGCGGAUGACGGAGAAAAUAGUUGACCAAAUAAAGGUGACCGAGGAACAGACCCGAGCACAUUUGCAAAUUGAAUUAAAAAAUCAUCACACUAAGUGCGAAAGUGGACGCCAGCACUUAGAACAAGAGCUUAAAACUGCUAUUCGAGCUGUGAGCACCUCCGUGGAUCUCGUUAGUCUCGAAAUUGAACAAAAUACAAAGAACUAG